AGGCGAGCCCGGCCGCCUCCUCCCGCCGUGUUCACACAGACUGUCGGACUACACCGUGGCUCAGGCGCUCCGCGGACCCCUUCGUGAACCACCACUUCAACCGAAUUCAAAAGAUGGCCGAUCAGCUGACAGAAGAGCAGAUUGCUGAAUUCAAGGAGGCGUUCUCGCUCUUUGACAAGGACGGAGAUGGCACCAUCACCACCAAAGAGCUGGGCACGGUCAUGCGCUCGCUGGGUCAGAACCCCACAGAGGCCGAGCUGCAGGACAUGAUCAACGAAGUGGAUGCUGAUGGAAACGGAACGAUAGACUUCCCAGAGUUCCUCACCAUGAUGGCGAGGAAGAUGAAGGACACAGACAGCGAGGAGGAGAUCAGAGAAGCAUUCCGAGUCUUUGACAAGGACGGCAACGGUUACAUCAGCGCCGCCGAGCUGCGUCACGUGAUGACAAACCUGGGAGAGAAGCUGACCGACGAGGAGGUGGACGAGAUGAUCAGAGAAGCAGACAUCGACGGAGACGGUCAGGUCAACUAUGAAGAGUUCGUACAAAUGAUGACGGCGAAGUGAAGGCCUUGUACAGAUUUCGUAUAUAAAUAAUUUGCCUUUUUUUCUUUGUGUAAUUUAUCUGUAAAAUCUUAAUAGCCCCUUCGUCCCGCCCCCUUCUGCUGUCCAAAGGAACUGCAUGUAAACUGCAUAGGCUCUUGUCCCCAUGUCCCUUUCUUUUGCUGUCAUGGUGUUUUGGAGUGACGGAAUGGUCAAACAACCAGAAGCCCGCGGAGGCCCCUGGGAGCCGAAGAACUUUGAAUCUUCCUGUCUUGUGCUCGGGCACCCUCCACGCAUGGCGACAUUGGAAACCUGUCAGCCGGUUGUCACUUGGCAACACUGUUGGCAUGGAGACGAUGUAGAGGAGCGGAAACUCUGCAUGGACUACGGACAAAGUAUAUAUGGAAAAAUCUCUCAGCAUUGCACUACUGCAAAAAAAUGACACGGGUGUAUCUCCUCGGUACUCGUACAAACUCUUUUUGUAUCUGCUGUUCUAUAUACCAGGAAGUCGACUAAUAUUACCAUGCUUUUAAAUGUUUGAUUCACUACUUUAACUUUUAUUUCUUUCUUUUUUUCUCUUCUUUUUUUUUUUUUUUUUUAAUGGCCUCCGGUCAUGCCUCAAAUAAUCCAUUCCAAGUUGUAUAUUUUUGUUUUCCAAUAAAAUUUACAAUCUACUCAGAUUUGAAAAUUGUCUUGUUUUCUCAGCUCUGAACCUUUGUAAUGCUGUUCCAUGAAUAAUUCCCGUUUUUGUAUUCAGGACGAGAUUCUUUUGGCUCAGAGUUGUUCACCAAGUCCGUGUCCCGGCGACACUGAGGAGACUCUUACUGUUCGAUCAGGCGGCUCCGUGUAAAUCCGUCGGCUCCGUCAGACUCCGCGCGUCUGGUUGCCACGGUGACGAUAGAAGCCGAGCGGCCGCGUUGUCCGACUCCUCACACCUGCUGCAGGUGGAACUUGGUGUCAAUAGAGGUGUAACUGUUCUUGCUUCACUUCUGACUGAGUUUGUUACAGUAGCUUGCCGAGAUACUGAGUUUGUUAUUUUGAUGAAUGAUGAAAUAAAGCUCUAUUGUGGA